AAUAUCAUUGUGACACCUCUGCCAUUCUAUCAAAUCUGACCUAGCCAAGCCCGUUGUUACCCACGGCUAAUGCCCACGGCCAGAGGUGUGACGGGGGUGCAACAUCCAGCCCAGACAAGCCAUCCACCCCUUAGCCCUAUUAAGAUCUAGCAUGGACCCGGUUGAUGAGAACGGCCUUUGGCCUCAAGGGGAUCCUCAGGAUCCCCAGGAUUCCGGUGAACUCGAUGAUGAAGAAGCCCAACGAGACUGGGAGGCUCUCCUCUACAGUCAAAUCCAUCACGAACAAACGGAACCCACCUUUUCCAUCCGCACCGCGACCCACACUACCACGCCCAUCCAACCCCCAGCUACCACCUCAUUCACCCCUGAAGAGGUGGGCGUCCCAAACCUCGGCCAGAUGAAUGAAGCCUCCAGUGAAGAAGAAGACGAGGAUGAUGAUGAUGGGAUCAUGGUGCUCCCUCGACCCGUUUUGGUGCCCGUCGAUAUUCCAUUGAUCAGUUUAGAUUCGAGUGAGGACGAACAAGAGCUUCAGGUCCAGGGCCAAAGGGGUCCUAAAUCCCGAUCCGAGUCUGAGGAAGACGAAGACAAUGUCAGAAAAAUGCCCGGAACGAGAGCUUCCAGAUCGACCCAAGUAGUGGAUUUGGUGUCAUCCAGUGGUCUCUCUUCGGGUGAUGAUCAGGAUUGUGUGGAGGAAGAGAUUGUGAUCCAGGGCCAGCGAAUUCCCGCCCAGACCAGGACCAUGGGGGUGCCCCGAAGAGCCCGCUUGACCAUCAAUGAAUCCACGUCGGAACACAGUUUAACCGAAGACGAAAGGACCGACACGCCUCCGCCCCAUCCCCAAACCCAGAGAAAACUGGAACUGAAGAAAAAAAGCGCCGAGGUCUUGCAGGCUUACAAGGCGGUCUUUGCGUCUUCGGAUGAUUCGUCCGGCGAUGAACGGUUGUCUUUGGGCAGUGGUGAGGUCAGUUUGAACUUGUUGGCACCCCCGUCCAAAAGGUCAUGGCUCUCGGCCCAGAAUUUGGAUCCUCUGAGCGCGUUCAAAAAUUGUCCCCCGGGUGAGCAGCCGCCUAUUCGAAUUCACAAAUGGACGGAUGGCAUGUAUCAGUUUUACAACGAGAUCAGUCAGACGUCCUUCCACGAUACCUUAGACGACAUCAUGCAACAAAUCCCCGACAAUGCCAACUGGCGAGUGAAUCGCACGGAUCGAAUGGGCGUGCUCGGGUCAGGUUCGUCGUUGUAUCGUCGUGGGAAAUCGCGAUAUUUCGACCGAAGUCGCUGCGGCAAUUGCAAACAAAUGGGCCAUUUGACGCGCCAGUGUCCCGAUCCUCCCAAGCCGCUAAUUUGCAACAUGUGUGCGGCCCGCGGUCAUCUACGGCAGGCCUGCCCGAACGCGUCGUGCUUACGGUGCUCGCAACCGAGCUACGAUUUCACGUCCAAUUGUUUUCAUUGCCGCAAAUUGAACAAAACCCACUGUCUGGAAUGCGGCGCCCCCGGACACGCCAAACAGAACUGCCCCGAUCAUUGGCGGCGAUUCCAUCAAACGGUGGAACCCGGGGGCGUGUUCCAACCCCGGGACCAUGAUCGGAUUCAUAAAAGUGAAAGUGAAAUGUCCUGUCCCAACUGCGCCCGUGAAGGUCAUAGUCUGCACAAGUGUCGAGGAUUCCGUCCCACAGCCAACCCGUUUCCCGUGUUAAAAGUGGUCUCGUAUGAAGAGCCACCCAAUCUGGUAGCCGAAGAACCCUUGAUCAGCUCGAAGAAAGGCCUCAGGAAAUGGUUGAGGUCCGAGACCAAGGCCAAGAAGCGAGCCUAUU